CCCCUGGGGUGAGGGGGUGGUGGGAGGGGAACCCGCCUUAACUCUUCUGUCACCUCUCUGAUCCAAGUCCCUUCCCCACAGACCACGGUGGCUGACACCCACCAACACCCUUCUCAAAUGCAGGUGACAGAACCCCUUCUACUCCCCAGGGACAUAUCGGGUCCCCUUCCCCCUCUUGAUCAAGGCUAUUGGAUUCUAGGCCCCUCAAAAGAAUAUUGAGUUACUGCCCUUCGACCCCUUUUCCUUCCUCUCCUUUCAUAGACACUGCGUCCAGGCCCCCAUGCCUGCCUUCUUAGAAUCCGAGAUUCCCAGACCCCAGGUCCUUCCUACCCCUUGGUUCCUCCUCCCUCAGACCCAGGAGUCUUGGUCCCCAGCCCCCUGUUCUCUCACAACCAGGAGUCUUGGCCCCCAGUGCCCUCCACCCCGCCAAGAUCCAGAGGCCCAAGGCUCUCCCAUCUCAAAGUUCCACAGGCCCUUUCCCUGCUGUGUUCACCUGCAGGGCCGCCUCCUGACCUCCACUCUGACCCUGCCUCCUGUGGUGGCCCUGCUCUCCCCCAAGUCCAGAUCCCCCUCCCAGGCUUGGCAAUGACUCUGGCGGCUUCCUCCCAGCGAUCCCAAAUCAUUCGCUCCAAGUUCCGAUCUGGUGAGAAGCUUCUCUGUGCAUGUAGGGCAGGGAUCCUCCCUGUCCUGAGACAAUAUUCUGACUCUGGGAGUGCGCACCGCGGAGUGAGUGGGAGGAGGGCGGCGGCACCCAGGAGGCAUGUAUUUUCUGUGCAAAAGAUCACUCGUGCAUGGAGGCACCAGCAAAGGGGUCAAGUUGUGGUGGACAGUGAGGGUGCAAAUGGCUAGUGAAGUGCUCACAUAACAUUAGGGAGUGGGCGGCUCAGGGUGGGUGUGCUGAGGAUCACGGACCGCAAAAGAAGGGGGGCUUAAACUGACAUGUGCAUAGUGGGGACUUAAGCGUGCCCAGCAUGAAAUUGUGGGCAAGGGUCCCCACAAGCCUUGAAAGGGUCAAAGGUUGCAUUUCAGGUCCCAGUGCAGGUGGAAAGUGUGCCAGUAAGUUCACCUGGAGGUCAAGUCCUGAGGCGACAGAGGGUACUCGAGUGUGUAAAUGAGCGUGCUUACGUGAUUGGGUGGGUGCCAAGACACUAGGAACCAAAAGCCAGGAGUUUUCAAAAGUGUACGAAUACAAAGAGCAGAAAAGUACAAAGAGCAGAAAAGUGCAAAGAGGGAUCCUUGCUCUGGAACUGGGGGCCCAAAUCCUGAAUGUGCAAAUAAGUGUGUGCAUGUAGCUGGGUAUGUGCCAAGACCUUGAGCCAAGGACGAAGAGGGGCGAAGGGUCCAAGUGCACCAAAGUGGUGUAGGUGCAAAACUAGAGCCCAGAAAAACGCGUGUUUAAAGGUGGGUGUGCAAAGGGAUGAAGGAGGGGAGGCCCAGAGGCAGCACAGAAGGGAGUGGGCGUGUGCAAAGCGGGGUGCGUGGAUGGAAGGAGGCGAGGUAUAAAGGCUAAGAUGGCAAUUUGUGUUGAGGCUGGGGUAGGCAUAGCUUGUCAAGGGGGCAGGUGGAGCCGGGGGGCAGGGCUGCCUCCUGCCUGCAUGCUGGCUGCCUCCGAGCCCCCAAACGGCUCCGGCCUUCAGGGCUGUGCUGGCAGGGAGCAGGCAGGAGGCCCGGGAAGGGAGCAGGCUGCCCGCCCACCCGCCUUCACGGGGUGUGCAAGGGGGCUGGGCACGCGUGUCCCGCCAACUGCAGCUCACAGCCGCCUGCCAGGCCAGGCUCUUGGACACUCCCUUCCCGCCUUUCUCCUCCCACCUCCCACCACAGUCCUCCAGCUUCGGAUCCACAGACGGUAUCAGGACUCAAUCUCGGAUCCAGAUCCGUGGAUCUCAGCCUCAGGCCCGGCUGUGGCUCCAGUCCCAGCCUCACCCUCCGGCCCUGCCCCAUUCCUCUUCAGCCCUGGAAUCCUUCUCCCUGAGCCGGAAUACAGCCCUUGGAGGUCCCUGAAGAAGGACUCUCCUAAGAUCUCCAGACAUUGGAGAGAGCCGAAGCCCAAGGGGAACCUGACGUACCACCAGUACAUGCCCCCAGAGCCGAAACAAGGGUCCAGGGCAGACCCCCAGGCUGAAAGAUCAGUCUUGAGUCCUCCUGGACCGCCUCUGUGGGAAGAGACAAACUCACAGCAGCCACUUUCUAGGAUGAAGCCCACUUCCCUCACUCCCUCCCCACCAGGAGUCCCCAGCCCCUCGCCCCCUCCACACAAAUUGGAACUUCAGACCCUCAAACUGGAAGAGUUGACGGUCUCAGAGCUCCGGCAGCAGCUGCGCCUGCGGGGCCUCCCGGUGUCCGGGACCAAGUCGAUGCUCCUGGAGCGCAUGCGUGGCGGCACCCCGCCCCGUGAGCGGCAGAAGCCGCGACGAGACGACAGUUCCGCAAAUGCUCCCUGGCCUCGCUUCAGGCCCAAGGCUUUGGGAGCCACCCGGAGGCCGGGCUCGUUCAAGCCUAGUCCAACAUCUCACCCACCGCCUCCUCCACGUGCCGCGGAAACCCCUGUGACAGCUCCGGCUCCGGCUCCGGCUGCGACGACGGCUCCUGCUCCAGCUCCAGUGCCCACCCUUUCCUCAGCACCAGCUUCUGCAGCCCUGACACUGGAGGAGGAGCUGCAGGAAGCGAUCCGCAGAGCGCAGUUGCUUCCGAACCGGGGCAUCGAUGACAUCCUGGAGGAUCAGGUGGAGCCUGAGGACCCGCUGCCCCCCAUUCCCCUGGACUUCCCUGGCUCCUUCGAUGUGCUGUCCCCCUCCCCGGACUCUGAAGGCCUCUCAUCUGUCUUCUCUUCCUCGCUCCCGUCCCCAACGAACUCCCCAUCCCGCUCUCCCAGGGGGCCCACGGACUCCUUGGAUUGGCUGGAAGCUCUGAGUGGGGGUCCCCCGUUGGGCUGUGGCCCUCCAGCCCCCAGCAUCUUCUCUGCUGACUUAUCUGAUUCAAGUGGCACCCGGCUUUGGGACCUGCUGCAGGAUCCAUGGUGAUGGAUUUUGGGGUUUCAGGGACUGUGAACUGGUGGGGAUGGGGAGGUCAGAGAGAUAGAGUCCCUGAGGGAAGGGUUGGAACAACCAGCAGAGCCCCUCCCACUGCAGACCCAAAAUCAGAGACAACUCUCAUCCCCACCUGGCCCCUGAACUGCUGCUGACAUGCCAACCUCCUGACUUUUGUCUUUCUGACCUCCACUUGAUCCCCUCCAUGGUUGUGUGGUUGGGGGCAAGGAGGUGUCAUUUGCUGCUGGCCAGGGCAAACACGCUGCUUGCUGCUUCCUUCAGAGACCAUGUGGGUGUUUUUGUUUCCACCUUCACCCCCCCCACCCACCCCCGAUCCCACCGACUAGAUGGCUGCCUGUUGCUGGGGAAUCUGGAAGGUGGUUUGUGCUUUUUGGAUGCAGGAGACAGGCAAGAAAGAAUGGGGAGAGAGAAUAAGGAGCCAGAUCCUUGAGAAUAGGGAGCCAGACCCUUGACUUCUGAUUGGAGAUGAGAAAAAUCAGAUGCAUCAUAUCUGAGCUCAGAUUCUCUUGGAAGGAGACCCUGAGACAAGAUUCAUGUGUCCAUAAUUUAUUAAAGACAUGCUUCCAGGAGAAACCAAUACAGGAACAGAUGAAACACUACAGUGAAGAGGAAGAAGACCAGCAAGAGUGUGACUUCAGGUGAAGUCCAACCCCAGUCUGAUCCCAUGGGGAACUCUUGAAGGAUAAAUUAAGUUGCAGAGUCUUUCCCACCUUUAGGCAAAGGGAACUGGGUCUUUGAGGCAAAGAGAGAUCAUUGUUUGGGUUUAUUAUUGCUGAAUAAUGAGCCACCUGAAAAUUUAGAGCCUUAAAAUAAUAACAGUCUAUGAUUGUUCACAAUUCUGUGGGUUGACUGGGCUCAGAAAGGUAGUUCUUCACUACCAUAUGAUGUCAACUAAAGCUGCAGUCAUCUUAGGACCCAGCUGGGCUGGAACAUCCAAGAUGGAGUGCUCACGUGUGUCUGGCAGGGAGGGCUAGUAGGCUGGAGCCUACUGGGCUGUGGAACAUUGGAACUGCUCUCAUUCUCCGUGAAGUUUCAGUGCUCUCCCUCCCCGUGUGCUUUCUCCAACAGGUAGCCGGACCCCUUACAUGGUAGCUCAGGGCACCCCGAAGUAAGCAUUCCCAGGGGAGGAAGUGGAAGCUGCCAGUCUCUUAAAAACUAAGCUUGGAACUGGCACAAUGUCAUUUCCACCAUAUUCUAUUGAUUAAUUCAAAUCAGGCUAGCCCAGGCUGAUUAUGGGAGAAGACUAUACCAAUGUACGAAUAUCAGGGGCCUGGUCAUUGUGGGCCAUGGAUCAUGAUGGGAAGAGGGCAGGACAUAAACUCCCAGGCACCUCAAGUUCCAGGGCAGUCUUGGGAACAAAGUCAUAGCAUCAGCUGUUAACUGCAACGUGUUUUAAAAUAUCGGUUUUAUUACUAUUCAGGUAUGGUGAGGCCAACAGAUUACAAGAUAAUUACUAUUGAAAAGAUAGUUUGUUAUUCUCACAGAUCCCAAAGGAAGGGGGCACGCCAAGCUAUACAGGGCUCUGUGAGGAAGCACCGAGGUUGGUCAGGAGGUAGAGGCAAAGAGGAGAACCUUGGGCAAGAGUCUUUCUUUUGGUUUCCUCAGGAAGGAAUAGAUGACCAAGGUAAGUUUAGGAUUGCCUAGUUGAAUAAUUUCAGCAGGCUCUGGGGUGGGGGAGGGGCUGCCCCCAGUCAUCUGGAACUUGGUCCUGGGGUGAUUAGGCAGAGGAACAGUAGCCAGAAGUAUAAGAGCUCCAUACAGGAAGUGGUUGGGGGUCUAGGCUCCGGGUUGGUUGGCUUGUAUAUGAAAGGCAUGUUUAAAAGUGAGUCCUUGAUUAUCUUUAGGCACUGGCUAGCCCAGGGAGGGGCGGUCCCUCCAAUGUCAGCAAGGCCCAGACAUCAAAGUGCCAGAAAUACAGACGCAAAAAAGGCAUGAUUAAUGCAUAAAGCAUGCAGAAGCUGGGUGUUGGGUGCACAGAACUGGUAAGAGGAAUCUGAGAGGACCUGGGCAGGCCACCAAUGGUGUCCACUACAACUGGGAAUGUGCAAGUGGGAUUAAUUAUGUUACAGCAACUAGAGUCAGCGACUUCCCCUGUCUUGCUGUCACGUCAGUUUCCUCACCUGUACCUACAGUCUGGUGAGGAUGAGUGUUCACCGAGACUGUCCAUGAACUAGACCUGGCAUGUGACGUGUGCUGAUAAAUAUUGCUGAUGAUUGACAAUUCUAGUGUCUCAAAGUAUAUAAACUCUGAUGGACAUUAAAGAUCCAAGGUAGAAAUAGAAGGGAACAAAUGUUUGUUACCAUGAGGCAAAACAAACAAACAAACAAAAAAAUCUUUGCUGUCUUCCAAACCAAUCAGGUCAAAUUUGUCAUCCUUACUUUCCAGAUGAAAUACUUAAAGAUCAGAGAAGGGGAGUGACCUGCCCAAUGUCACACAGAGUGGGGUUUUAAAUCAGAUUAGUAAAUUCACAGCCUGUGCCCUCAGGGUUGAAAAAUCAAAGAGCCUCAAUCUCUGCUCUGGUGAAGCUCAGACAUUUGCAAAGAAAGAGUCCCAGUGCAGGCUGAUAAGCAUUUUCUUGGUAAUGGUAUGAGGGACAGCAGGGUCAAGAUUCCUAGAAAGUACCAGAAGCUGUGGGGGAAUGGGACAGGGUAGUCAGAGAAAGCAUUUUUGCUAAGACUCAAAGGAUAAGGAGGAGCUGGUCAGAGGAACCCCCUGGAAGACAACAUCCUUGUAGAAGGAGAACACUCAGAGGCUUGAAGGUGUGAAGGGCGCUGCCACAUGGGGAACCUUGUGAGGUCAGGGUUCCUGGAGGAAAAUGUGGGUGUUGGGCUGGGUCUUGCAGGACCCUUCAUGUCAGGCUGAAAAUUGGUGGGAAAGGGUUGCAGCCAGCCCUGGAAAGAUCAGAAGGGGCCAGGCAGGGCUUCCUCUGUCUCUAUUUCCCUGCUGACACUUAUCUACCUGUACCUUCAAAUCAGCCUCUUCCCGUCUCUGCCUGUCUCUGUCCUCCUCCAUCUCUGUCCCCGUCUCUCCCAUGUCCAGAGGAGGGCAGCCUUGGGCUGAGAGCCUGUGGAGCCUGUGUGGAGUCCCAAAGAGAGUCAGGGGUAGGGGAGGCUAGGGAUUUUCUGGAAGGUGGAGAUCUGAAAGACAGGCUCUGGCUUGGGUGGAGUGUGCAGUUUUGAAUCCAGAGCUUGAGGAGACAGGCUUAGGUCCUGCACGCUCCACAGCCUGCCCCCCAACCCUUCUCCAGACCUUUCAGUCCCUUCCCUCCUGCCUCGGAUGAGAGGGCUGGGCCUCUCCCAAGGGAGGGAGCAGGGGAAAUGACGGCUGGACCUAUGGGGGCACUGGAGAAGAAUGUCAGAUGGGGAUCCCAACCCCACGCCCCACCGAGCUGCCACCCCAUGAUUUCAAUGGAAACAUGUAAAAGACAAAGAAUAUAUUUGACAAAUUACCCAGGGUACCAAUGUAUCUAAUAGACAUAUUCCCCAGAAGGGUACAUUCAUAUUCAUUGGGUAGAAUGGAGAAGAAUGUAUUUGUUUGCUUUUCUCCCCCUCGUUGCUCCCCCUCCUUCUCUUCUUCUUCGUCUUCUCUCCCCACCCGCCCCCACUCUCUCCUUCCCUUCUCUCUGUUACCACAUAUCCAGUCACUGCUUCCAGCUGCUGACUUCUACUCUGUCUUUUACCUCCACCUCCUCUGCUCUAUCAGUGGUGACCACCCCCCAGCUCCCAACUCCACUAACCACCCGCGAUCCUCAUCCUCAUCAUCUUCCACCCCAUCAUCCUCAUCCUCCUCUUUGUCACCAUCAAGCACAGGCCCUUAGGGACCUGUGGGAGAAUUUCUCCAGGAAUCACACCCAGGAGUGUGUUGACACAGAGGCAAGUGCCACAGUGGUUGAGUCUCAUCUCUGGUGCCAGAUCAACCUAUGUGGACUUACCUCUACAUCAGUAUCUACAUGGCCUAGGGCAAGCCAUUUAGCCUCUCUGUGCCUCAGUUUCCUCAUCUAUAUAAUGGGGACAAGGGUAAUAGUACUCUCUAUGUGGGGUUGGUGCGAGGAAUAAAUGAGCUAGCCUGUGUAAAGUGCUUAGAACAAUGCCUGGCAUAAAGCAAGCACUUGUUAAGUGUCAGUGAUUGUGUCAGGAUUGAUGUGACUUCUACUCCUCUGCCAAAUGGCUGUGCCAACCCUCGUGACAACCAUGAGUGCCCAGGGAUUGCCCUGCCCUUGGUGUUGUCCAGCUUUCUCAUUUUCAGUCUGUCUGGCUGUUACCUCUUCUUUCUCUCAAAUCUUGUUUAUCCCUGAGGUGGAUGAUGGGGACUCUCAGGCCCCAGGCAGCCCAGUGAUGAGGACCCCAGAGCCCAGGCAGGGAGGGGUUACGUGACUGAACUGGGGGGAAAAGAGGGAAAGAGAAUCAUCAGGAUUCACACUCUCUUCCCCUUGGGCAAACCCCUUCAGUGCCAAACCUUCAUUCAGACUUUGAGCCCAGCCUCUCCCUAGCUGCGGAUCCCAGACAAGCACUUCUCUCUGACCUCAUAGAUGACCCGGUUCCAAGGUAUUUUCCCAAGAGACAUGAAAACAUAUGUUUGCAUAAAGACUUGUACACAAAUGUUGAUGACAGCAUUAUUCAUUAUAGCUCUAAACUGGAGAGAACUCAAAUGUCCGUCAAGUGCUGAAUAGAUAGGCACCCCGUGGGACAUCCACACAGUGGAAUACUACUCAGCAGUGAAAAGGCAGUGAAUGAUUGAUACCUGCAAGAACAUGAAUGAAUCUCUGAAACAUGAUGCUAAGUGAAAGAAGUCAAACAGAAAAGAUUAAAUGGGGAAUGAUUCUCUAUGUAAAGUUUUAGAAAAGGAAAAACUAAAGUGACAGGAAGUGUAACUGAGCAGGACCCAAUGGGCCCUUACUGGGACAGGACCCCCGACCCCCUACACCAUGUCCUCUGCCUGCCUAUUGUUUGUAGAAAACUUUGAUCAUCUUAGGUCUUCCUCGUGUUCCCAAGAAUAAAUGUAAUCAGAGAAGUGACAAAAUGCAUAAGCAAAGGAAAACAAGCAAGACAAAAUAGUAAGAGUUUAGCCCUUAAACAAACUCAAGAACUUUAAGUUUCUCCUCAAAGGCUAUAGAUAAUUUUCUGAGCCAUGUCCUUUGAGCUGUUUUGCAGAUACUGAAACCCCCACCAGGUGGAAGAAAUCAACUGUAUUCUGCCCACAGGCACAUAGACCUCAGGUGGGUUGGGUUGGAAGCACAAGGUUGAUGAUGUUGGCUCCGAUUACCUCACCACCAACCAAUCAGAAGUAUGUCCAGAAGCUGAUCAUGCACUCAGCAGCACCACCUCUCCACCCCCAUCUUUAAAAGCCUUUCCCUGGAAGUCAUCAGGGAGUUUGGCUCUUUUAAGCACUAGCUGCCUGGACUUCUUGUUUGGCAUUUGCAUUCCACGCUGCACAGUCACUGCCCGUUCCCUCCCAUACCUCUCCUCUGAGGUACGGAGGGCACCACUAAUCUACUUUUUAUCUCUGUGGACUGACCGCUUCUGGACAUUUCAUAUGAACAUAACGGUGGUCCAUUGUGUUCAUCUUCUUUCACUCAGCUUCGUGUUUCACAGGUUCACCCAUGGUUUAGGGUGUAUCAGGGUUUCACUCCUUUUUAAGGCUGAAUAACAUUCCAUCCACCAUAUUUUGUUUCUCCCUUCCACAGUUGAUGGACAACUGGGUUGUUUCCCCUUUGUGGCUAUUUUAAAGAAUACUACUAACUAGUGGGUGAACACUAUUAUAUAUAAAUUGUGUUUCAAUAAUGCUGGGAAAUAAAGAUCAAGCAGAAUGAAACUAUAUAUUUUUUUAGAGAUAUAUCCAGAAAUGGUAAAAGAAUGAAGAAAGAUAGGAAUAUGUCAACAGAAGUGAGAGUCACCAUCAACUGCAGUGGGGAGAGAGAGGCUUUCUGGUUGUUUCUGGAGCCCAACAGCAUCCCAGGUGUGCAGUAAAGGGUUAACUCAACAGUCUUGGGGUGUUCAAGCCCUGCACAUUCCAGAGAAAGGAGUGACCCAUGACCAGCUCCUGGGGUAUAACCUUUAAGCCCUUGGCAUGCUCUACCUGACAUUUUACUAUUUUUGUUUACUUGGGACCUUGGACCACACGGUAUCAACUUGAUUUCCAGAAGUGCUGGAGACAAGUAACUAAGGUCAGCCACACGGGCACCCAGCCAGUCCUGCAUGACCGACCCCCAGGAAAAUCCCUGGACACCAAGGCUUAUGUGAGUUUCUCUGGUUGACAGUACUUAAUAUAUCCUAUCCUACAUUAUUGCCAGGAGAAUUAAAUCCUGUUCAUAUGACUCCACUGGGACAGGACAACUAGAAGCUUCCACCUGGUCUCUCCUGAGCUCUACCCUGUGCACCUUUGCUGAUUUUAAUCUGUAUCUUUUUACUGUAAUAAAACAUAACCAUGAGUA